AUGAGGGCUGCUCGGCCUUUGAAUUGCCAUGACUCCGUGUCCUCCGUCGACCCCAGUGGCACUGCCAUCGCUGCUGCGCCGCGCCCCUUGGGGGACGCAGCUCUUCUCCGAGCCUCUGCCAUCAAGUUAGACUUUUUCCCUCGUAAAACUCUGUCCUCACCUUGGGCCGAUCCGAAUAUCUUUGUAUGUCUACCCAAGGACUCGUUAAAAUUGCUGGCCCGCUUCACGCAUAACUGCGGGACCACACGGUUGGGCAUCGGUUCCAAGCAUGCCCUAGUCGCGACAGCGUUCGUCCAUUGUGCCCUCGAUCCCGUGGAUUCGGUUGGACGCAAGGAAGGCCCUGGAUCGGGGAACACCAGAUCCCUCAUGCAUCGUACGCUUGACCUUUGUGGGCCCCAACUAACGGGCCGAGUCAUCGGCGAAAAUCACCCUCUUUUUCACAAACUUGACCUCAUGCAUCGUACCCUCCUCCGCCGCUGCCGCCGCCGCCGUCGCCGCGUUUCUCCACCUCCACCCGGCAAUGACGCCCCGGCAGCGCCCCUCGGCCACGCACCUUCCCCCGCAGCAGACCUCUCGGGGCCGCCGGUCGCACGACCCCGUCGGCCCGCAGCAGCCCCCGUCGACGCAGACCCCGUCACACAGCGUCUUACCCUCGGCGCAGCACAUGCCCACCCGCGCGUCGGCGCAGCGGAACCCGCGCGCGCAGCACCCCGGCCCGCAGCACGGCAUGCCUCUCGGGCAGCAGUUCCAGUUGCGUGGGAGGUGGCAGGCGACUAG